CCUAUGAUUUUGAAAAUGAAUCGUUUAACGAUGAUCUUGAAAAUGGAUCGCUUAACGAUGAUAUUGAAAUAUGUCCUCACGUUAGGGAGGCAGUAAAAAUAAACAAAUUAAAAAAAAGCAUCAAUAAUAAGAAUACAUAUAUUGUAGACGCUCAGUGCAAGAAAUGUAUAUCGCAAGUCGAAGGAAUUCAGGAAACACCAGAUCUCAUGGAUGGCGACAAUAUUACCUCUGAAAAGGAAACAGUACCACCGCAGAUAUGGCUCUGCCUUACUUGUGGUAAACUUCAUUGUGGUCGCUACGAUAAAAAACAUGCAAUUCAGCAUUUUAACGAAAAUAAGUCGCAUAGCAUUGUAAUGAAACUUGACACAACUGAAGCAUGGUGUUAUUCAUGUGAUAAGCCAGUGAUUUCUCCUACAGGAAAAAAUCAAGUUAUCAACCAGGCACGAAACAUUAUCUCUAAGGUUCUUAAGUCGUAA